AGUAGUCGCUGUGUUGUUGCACCAGGACUGCUGUCAUGUGAUAGCUCGUCCGAGGAGCUGCUGCUGUUGACAGUAGCUUCCUACCUUUAGAUGAAGCUCAAGUAAAACCACGCCGGGGAGAAGUUUUAUGUUUUGUUGGAGAAGAUAAACAAGUCUCGUUUCUGACGGAGAACAGGGAGGCUGGGGUUGUGUAGCUUCGCCCCUCGGACGCUGUCAUGGGUUGCUGUUACAGCAGCGAGAACGAGACCACAGAGCAGGACCCUGAUGAACGUAAGCCGCUGAUCCCCCAUCCGAACCCUGUCAGCAAACCCCCAAAUGGGACCGACUGGCUCACUCCCAGUGUCCCCUCAGCGCGGACAGAUGAACAGGCCCUUCUCACAUCCAUCCUCACCAAGACAGCACAGAACAUCAUUGAUGUCUCAGCAGCUGACUCCGUCAUGAUGGAGCAGCAUGAAUACAUGGACAAAGCUCGGCAAUACAGUACGAAGCUGGCUGUGUUGAGCAACAGUCUGCCCCAGAAGAAAGCCCUCGCUCUCCCCUCCCUCACCAGCCAGCCCCACCAAGUGCUUGCAAGUGAUCUGGUGCCAUACUCAGACGUUCAGCAGGUGUCCAAGAUAGCAGCCUAUGCUUACAGUGCAAUUUCUCAAAUCAAAGUGGAUGCUAAAGAAGAACUGGUGGUCCAGUUUGCCAUUCCCUGAUUCUGCAACUCUGGCCUGCAUAUUGUUCCUCCCAUCCUGCUGUCUCUCUCUCUCUCUUUUUCUCUCUAUCUCUGUCACCUCUGCAUCCUCACCCUCCACUCCAGCCCACCAUUUAUUAAAGCAUCUUGGUCCGUGUGCUUCGUAGGUAUGCCUCUAACUGCUACAAAGACAGAGAUGAUGUAGGAUUACGCCCAAUGGCUGUUAUUUAGUGUUUACUGUAAAUGGGCCACUGGGGUGUGAUCUGAUAUUUACAUCAACAAGGCCUCCUCUGUAUGUGUGGCUCACAGGCUUUCUCAGAACCAGCUGUGGAAAAAUCAUCACUCAUCCCUCUUGGCGAUCUCUCUUGUCUCUUUUUUUUCUUUUUUUGAGGGCUGACUCAGCAUCUCUAUUGUUUUCCUUUCUCUAGCCUGUAUACUCAGGCCACACUGCAGACUGUUCUCUGAAGAAAAACAAGAAUAUACAGUUUCAUAACCUGGAACAGAACUGUUGGAUUCUGGAACAGGAGAAAUGAGGAAUCUGAGUGGCAAGGAGGAAUAGAAAUCAUCACAGUACCAUAGGUGCGAGUGCAAUGGUUGCGUAAUUUAGCUGUUUAAAUGGAUCUAAAACUAGCAACCCGGCUUUAAUUUUGCACUUGAAAUGUCUUUAACUCUGCUCAGUCGUCCUUGGAUGACACAGCCCAUUCCUCAGUCUUUCUCCGUAGAUGAUGACGACAACAAGAACAACAACAGAGUAAAAAUUUGAACCUAAAGAGGAGAAUAUGCUCAAUAUUACGAUGUCAUAAUUUAAAAGGUUGUUAUCCUAUAGCCAGGAUGAAUGCUGGCUAGAUUUGAGCAUCAAAAUUGAGUUAAUUUUUGGCAUGUCUCAUUACAGCCUGAACAUGAACCAGUAAACCAAUCUGACUGGAGUGAGUUUCAUUGAUUUGUUUUUUUUUCUCUCACUGUAAUUAUGUUUAGAAAGUGACAGUGAAAGAGGCCUGGUUGGUUAGUUGUUUUUCGAGUUUGUAAUCUGUCACUCCAAUUGAGGCAAAAUAAUGAGUGACCUGUCCGCGGCUGGUGGUUGGUGAGGAUGCAAACGCAUGCCGGAGGGGGGAGGGUGCUGGGUGGGCCUACUAACGUCACAAGAUGGAGCAUUUCUUGGGGCACAUGUUCUCCAGUUUACAGACAGUAAUAUGUCCUCUUCAGUUUUCUGGCACUAACAAAAUGAGCUGGCAGACUCUUUAAAUCAAAUCCUAGAACUUCAUGUAUUGAAUAUGUAGGAGUGAAGGCAUACAGAGAUGAAGGGGAUCGGUGUGUGGAGGGUGCAGGGAUGUGCAUUCAUGCCUUUGUAUAGAAUUUUCCGAGUGAGUAUAAAAAAAAACAAACAAAAAAAAAAACAGAUGAUGGAUUGUAUGAAUUUCCUCUUAUCGUAGAGAGUUCAUUGGUCAGGAUUGGUUAUGAUCUCGUGGUGACGAUGAAACGUUUUUACGAAACGCAAGAAUACUUUUAAGGCUUGCGUUUGUCGACUUUUAAAAAAAAAAAGCUUUUCGCUGCAGAUUGUUAUAUGAUUGAGUGGUUCAUAUUAAUCAGAAAACUAACCAUUGUAGCAGUGAGAGAGAGCGUUAACAAUCUAUGUACCACCACCGCAGAUAAGAUGAUCCGAGACCUUUUUUUUUUUUUUUGAUUAUUUAUUUGUGUUUUUUAAAUGUAUAUUUGCUCUUCGGAGGAGAGCAUGCGACUGUAUGCGUGGGCAGGGAGCACGGUGAGCCGCUCUUGAGUCUCUAAAGGGAUGAUCUGCUACCUGGCUGUGAUUAUUUCAACCACGCUUUUGAUUUGAGCUUUUUCGCAAUGGGUUCUUGGCAUUUUUUUUUUUUUUUCUGUUUUUUGUUUGUUACUCAACUGUGUUAUACUACCUGAAAUAUGUUUGUAAUAUCUUAGGCUAGUACCAAAAAGUUUUAAGAUUUUGUUUUUUUCUUUUUUGUUUGUUUUUUGGUUUAAUUAAUUCAUUAAAAAUUUUCAACAUAA